AUGUUUUUUAAUAAACUCUUUGGUGGUAAUAGUACACCAACAGAAAACACCAACACACAAACAACAACAACAACAAAUGUAAAUAAUGGUAAUAAUAACAAUAACAACAAUAGUGGUGAAAGUAGUAGAUUCUCUUCAUUUGGGUUUAAUAAAAUAACAGUGUCUGCUGAAUCAUUUAAAAAAUUUGGAUCAUCAGUUCAAUCAUUUGCAAGUAACGUUUAUCAAAAGAUUGAAGAAGAAACCAAAAAACUUGUUGAAGAAGGACCAAAUACAUAUUCAGAUUGUUCAAUGAUGCCACCAUGGAUGGAUUUUCAAUUAGAGGAUAAAUCAAAACAAACUGAGAUUAGAGAGAAACUAUUAGAUGUAAAAAUGAGUAGAUCAACAUUUUUACAAUCACCACCAAUUGAUGCUGAUUAUUUUCAAGAGUUUGAUGAUUAUUUGGUUAAAAUUGCAACUGUUUCUUUAAAAUAUGAUCCAAUUUUACAAAAGAUUAGAUUUCAUUUCGUACCUAAAUUGAUAUCAGAAGAACAAUUCUGGAAGAAUUGGUAUUACAGGAUUACUUUACUUAAAAAACAAUAUAAUAUAACAACAAGUACAAAUGAUAUAAAACCAAAUAAAGAUGAAAAAGAAGAUAAUAAUAAUAAUAAUAAUAAUAAUAAUAAUAAUAAUAAUAAUAAUAGUAACAACAGCAGCAAUAAUAAUAAUAGUAAUAAUAGUACUAAUAAAGAAUCAUCACCAUCACAAGAUGAAACUGAUAUUGGUAAAUGGGAAAAAGAAUUACAAUCUGAAUUAGACAAUUUCGAUAUAAAUGAUGUUGUUGAUGAUGAAGGUAAUAUUGACUUCUCUUUAAAUAAUCAUUUAUUAAAUGAUAAUGAUGAUGAUGAAGAUUGGGAAUCAAAAAUAAAUUUAGAAUUACAACAACAACAGCAACAACAACCAUCAUCAUUAAUACAAAAACAAAUAUCAAAACAAUCAUCAACUACAUUUUCAUCACCAACGAUUUCAACAACAUUUUCAUCACCAGUAACUGAUAGUGAUGUAGAUUUAGAAAUUGAAAAAGAAUUACAAAGAAUGUCACAAUCAAAUAUCGUUGAUAAAAGUACAACUGAUGAAUUAAUUGAAGAGAUUGAAAGUGAAAUUCAAUUAGCUCAAAAAGAUGGUUUAAUUUUAAAUAAUAUUUUAGAUGAAAAUUAUAGUAACAAUAAUAAUAAUGAUAAUAAUAAUAAUAAUAAUAAUAAUAAUAAUAAUAAUAUUCAGGUAUCUGAAAAUGUUUUAGAUGAUGAUGAUAUAAACAAUUGUAGUAAUAUUGAAAUUAAUAAUAGUAGUAUAGAAAUUAAUGAUGAUUAUAAUAACCAAAAUAAAAUAAUUAACAAUAAUGGUGAAGGUGAUAUUGGUGGUUUAGAGGAAGAAAUGGAUCAAGUGAGUGGAAAUAAUUACGAAUCUAUCUAA